AUGAAGUCUACAGAAGAAAGAAGCCGUUUCAAGAAUCAUUUUUUCAAACUUGGUCAAGGCAGGAUAAUACCACUUGAAAAAGAAGAUUAUUGGGAAGUAUAUUGGAAAUAUCCAGAAUGCUCGAAUGAUGUAUUUGAAGUUUUGACAGUUUUCGAUGUGCAGACCAUAAGAGACCAAAAUCUAGCCAAUUUCAUUCUAUUAGUUCGAGUUCUUUCUAUCAAACUAAUUGAUUUAAGAAAUUCUCCCAAUUUUCCUUUCACGACUCCCACCACUGCUUUAGAGACGUUGAAUUGUGUGAGAAUGCUUACAAAGAUCUUACCGAUUCUAUACGAGCUUCCUAAUUAUACAAGCGAGCUUGAAGAUAUAGUUUUUUGGAAAGAAACUUACAAUCCAAUAGAAAUUGCAACCAAUAAAUUUCAAGCAAAGAAUGACUUGCAUGGUGAAUCGAAGUACUCUGAUAAGCUGAAAAUAUUAGCUAUCACUUUAAUGAAUGUUUCACUAGAUCUUUUAUUUAUCAACGGUUUCACAUUGAUUGCUCCCAAAUCAAACAAAGUUCCAUCAGAAGACAGAAAAGCAUUAACUUUAUGGGAGCCUGGUAUCGGUUCUUCUGCAAAAUAUAACACAACAAAUCUUAUAAUAGAUAGUAAUAGAGCUCAUAUACUCAAGUUCAUCUUGACCCUUAUAUCUACGUCUUUUUACAUGGCACCAUCGCAUAUUAUUUCCAAUGGAUCAAGAUUUCUCACCUUGCUUGUUGCAACAACCCCGAGGGUUGAACUAUUGACAUUGGUAUGCUCUUUAUUCAACUUGAUCUGUCGUUCUGCUCGAAGCUCUUCAGACGAAAACGGUUUGCUCUACAAUAAUCCACAACUUACAAAAAUGAGACAUUUAUGCAUAACUUAUUCAGCUCAACUUUUAACUACAAUGAUAGUAUAUCCAGUUCCAUCGCAUUUUAAUACUCGCAUUUUAUUUGAUUACGAUUUGAUCUCAACUCCUAAGCCUUAUAAUAUGGCAAGAUUAUACGUUGGGAAAUUACAUAAGGAAAGUGAAAUAUUAUUUUUGGCAUCUUAUUUAAUGAAUAUCUUGAGAACUCCUUUACAGCAUGCUAAGGAUUCUGAUAAUGCCAAAUUUUCCUUAAACAUUAAAGGAAAUCAGCCUUCUUUAUGGGCAACUGAAUGUGUCAUUUUACUUUGGGAAUUGUUCCAGUGUAAUAAAUCAUUUAAAGCUUUGGCCGGCCAAAGAUAUACCCAAGAAAUAACUGUCAAUUUAUUAUUCUAUAUAGUCACUUAUCAUGAUGUUCCCGCUCACAGAAACUUAGUUCGGGUAUCAUCUUACUUUUUGUUAUACUUGACGUCUUAUGAAUCUUUAAUGAAGCUCAUUGUUCAACCCAUUGGUAUCACGUCUUACGAAAUACUACCGAAUUCUUUCAAGACAAAACCUCGUCCAACAACCUUUCGAGAUUUUCUUGUGAUUCAAAUCUGCCAAGUACUCCUUUCAAUAACACCCGCGUCUUCGAAUACUAAUUCCAAUACGGUACCUUCUCAUACUAAAAAGCAUCCUCCCAAUGUCCUUUCUACAACUCUAGUGGAAAUUUUAUAUAACUUAAUUCCUAUAAUUGAUGAAGAGAUACCAAGUUCUGAUUCUCCACUCAGAAAACUCGGAAAUGCUAACCCGGGUGGUGGGAUUUCAUAUACCGCUGCAUCUUCCAUAACUCAACUUAUAAUACGAUUCCUGACCAAGCACUUUCUCACAGAAUAUACUUUUCAUACUGACCUACUAGCAUUGAUUUUUAGAGCAGUUUGUAUAGCUGGUGUCAAAUUUCCUAAAUCAUCCAGAAUGUUACUUUUCUGUAUAUUGAAAAACGAAAAGGUCUACGACUUGGUGUGGAAUACUAUAUUUAGUUUGGACUCCUCACCUCCUCACCGUUUGAAUGCAAUAAAUGAUGAAGAUGAAGAUCAAGAAGAAAGUUUGUCAAGAGUUGAAUCUCAUAAAUCCGAUCAACUCUCGAUAACUCCUCUGAUACCCAAGUCAGAUUUUGAAAUGUCAGAAUCUGAAUUUAUUCAAAGUUUGAGUGAACCACCAUCCUCAAGAAAUUCUAUUUCCAGCGGUGCAGGUAUCCCCACGAAUGAUUUUAAAGAGAACUAUCUGAAUCAUUCUUUUGACUCGGAGACUGAGGCAAUAGAGGCAUCUUUGAGGCCGAGACCUCCCAUUGGAAUGACCCCGAAGCUGCGAGAAAAAUUGCCCAAGGAUUCACUGUUACAGAGAUCAUGGGGUGGUAAUGAUGCAUUAAGAAUAAUACUCACUAUCAUCAUUCCGCAUUUGAAAUUGGCCUUGAAAGACUCUUGGUCUAGUAGAGAAGGAUCUAAUAUUGAUAGUUACCUCUUAGUGAAGCAAAUAGAAGCCAUCAAUUUUGAUCAACUUUACGAAGAGUAUAAAAGCCAAAUAAAUUAUGAUUUCUCCCCAAAUAUUCCUUUCGAACCUUUGAAAUUUUCUUGGAGCCAUCUUUCGCUUGGCUGGUAUACGUCAUUAUUGUAUGGCAGAAUCUAUAACUCAAUAGAGAAUGUUAAUGCUUUUGUGGGUGCUAAUGGGAAUAUAAUGAAAAAUCUUUCCAGUUCUUUAGCUUCAUUUAGUAAAUUGACUUCUGGCUGGUCAAAUAUCACCAAAUCCAAUUCUGAAGAGUCAGGUAAUGAAUCACCAGAAGUUAACGCUUGGGUUGUAGAUUCAUUAACAAGCACCAACAAUUGGGCACAAACGUCUAUCAAGCUUUUUAAAAUAGAAUAUGCACAUAGAGACUCCUUUUUCCCAAUAGAAAAAGGAUUUGGAAUAGGUAAUAAUUCGACUCCAGGGACUCCAGGUGGCGUUAAUGAUAUGACUAAUUCCUUGGUCAGACGUUUCAGUGACUUCAGGAUGAACAAUACAAGUAGAAAUAGUAUUUCAUCGGCACAUUCGGUCAAUGCAAUGAUUAACACUCCAAUUGAAGAACAAGAAUCGGCUUUUGGUAAGAUAACACCAAGAAAUUCGGUAACCUCUUUGCAAUCACUAAAUGCCAUAAAUAGAUCAAGAACCAAUACUCCCAGAAAUUCAAUGAGUAUGUGA